AUGGGAAAUUCACAGUCAUCGGUCGAGCACGCGGUGGAUAAGGGCAUCCAUCUCUACAAAGCAGUCAAGAAAUUCCAACACGAGUUCGAAGCUAACAAUCAACAACAGUAUGAUGGCAACACGAGUGCCCCCCACUAUGAACACGAAGAAGACAGUGCCGAUUACUCACGGCUUCGAGAGCUUGCGCAUCAAGAAGCGGCCAAACGAAACAACUGCUAUGAGCAAAGUCAAGAAGCCUAUCGUAACGGCGAUGGAGCGCAAGCAAAACAGCUGUCGAAUCAGGGCCAUUACCAUGACGAUUUAAUGAAACGAUACAACCAGCAAGCAGCAGACCUAGUCUUUGAAGAAAAGAACGCCCAUCGACCUGACGACGAAAUCGAUUUGCAUGGCCUGUUUGUCAAGGAAGCCACGGAAAAAGUGGACGAAGCAUUGCGACGGUGUCAACGCAACGGUCAGGAUCAUUUGACGAUUAUUGUUGGCAAGGGCCUGCAUAGUCCAGGACAAAUCGCAAAGCUCAAGCCAGCCAUCGCAGGUAUGAUCCAAAAGCAUAAUGUGCGAUGUACGCCGGAUCGACCGAAUCCUGGUUGUCUGUAUGUCGAAUUUGGCCAAGGCACUGGCGACCUUUCUUGGCUCGAUCGUAUUACGGACCGGGUGGACAGAGGCGAUUGUGCUAUUAUGUAG